GGUUGCUGGAUCACUAAUUGUUUGGGUCUAUGUUUUCGUUUCUUCAUCCUUGUUUUAGUAGUACCAUAUAGCUAUUCUAGAAUUUUCUCUUGUGUUAGAUUUCAGAUGCCUUUGAGACAAAAAAAUGUGACUUUAAAAAAUUCUUGUUGGCUUUCCUUUAGAACUGGGGAUAGCCUUCCAUGUCCCAGGGGUACUGAGUGAAUCUUAACUGUGUCAGGAAAAGAAAGAGGUACCAUUAGUGGUCACUGUUAUUUUAUAGACAGGAUAGUGUACUACAAAAACACUCAGGAGACCUGGGAUCAAUUCCUGGCUCUGUCACAAAUUCAAACACGAUGGACAAAUCUCAACCUCAAUUUCUUCGUAUGUAAAAAAAGACAGAGUAGAUUUGACCUUUAAGGUUUCUUUCAGGUAGGUCCUUGAUCCUCUGAGUCAGCAUUUCUUCUCAAGAUGUUUGGAACAAUUAUUUCUUCUCUGUUUCGUUGAGGAAAUAACCAUAUAACGCCUUGUAACAAGAGACAUUAGUUGGGCUAUAAGGCUAAACAGCAGUAAGGGUCUCAACAAAAUUUGGUGGCUCAAAAAAGAAAGGCUGUUAUUUCAGCCUUCAUUAGCAAUCCUAAAGUAGGCAGGUGUUGUGGUACAGAUAGACAACUCUGAUUCACUAGAGCAUCAAAGCCCAAAGUUCAUUGUUUUGUUCCUCUGCUAUUGCCCGUGGGUGGUUUCAUCAUGUGCAUGGUAGAAGCUGACUCAGCACGGGAAGGAAGACACUCCAGGACCAGCAGCUUAGCCUCAUGGAUAAGAAGACCUGGAAGUUGCAGACCUCACUUCUACUGACUUCCCAUGGGCUAGAACUUAGUCAUGUGGUCACAUCCAUAGUCAGUAGAAUAACAUCUUCAGGAGCAUAGCAUGUACUCACCUAAAACUUUAAGAGUGGGGGUGGGGUAAGCGUUGUGUACCUAAAAGGAAAGAGAAGAGAUUGAAUACUGGGGGACAGAUUCUAUUUUCCGUUAUUUUAAGUUUAUUUAUUUAUUUAUUUUGAGAGAGAGAGAGCAGGGGAGGGGCAGAAAGAGGAGAAGGAGAAAAUCCUAAGCAGGAUCUGCACUACCAGUGCCCCAUGUGGGGCUGGAACUCACGAACCGUGAUAUCGUGACCUAAGCCGAAAUCAAGAGUAAGAUGCUUAACCAACUGAGCCACCCAGGCGCCUCAUCUGCUUUGUUAUUUUAAGCCACAAUAACAGUUUUUUUAUUUUGCUGCUUAUUGUGCUUCUAUCUUAUUUAAUGAAAUAGGCUGAGAUCAGGAUCUGUGAUUUAUCCCUACAUAUACACCCCACAGUGCGUGUCAAGCUAUCUCAAACAUAGAUGGCAUUCAAUAAAAAUGUGUGUAUUUAAUUUAUGCAUUGAUUUUUUCAGGACAUCUAAGUAAGCACUAUGUUCAUACCUCCCCCCACCAACACCCUGCUCUAUUUGUUGCUUCUUUAGUGAAUGUUAUAUGUCAAACCCUAAUUCUCAAUCUCAAGCAGACUAGAUAAGAACCUAUGAAGUAGUAACAUUUUUAAAAUAUAUAUUAUAUAAAGACAGGUAGAUUGAUUGGGAGCAGGUUGCUGCUAGCAGCAGCUGCUGUCUUUUACUCCUCGCAGUAAAGAUAGUAUUACCUUAUUUGGGGGGUAGCAUGUAAUCAUUGGUAAUAGAAAACCAAGAGUUUUCCCAGUGUGGCUUCCUCAUUUGGCUUUAAGACAUCACAUAUAAUUAUAUUUAUGAGUAAACUUGAAAACAGAUACUUCCCUGACAUAUCCUUGGGUUUUAUCUUCUCUGCUCCCUUCAGUAGUGUUAAUAAUAAGGUACUGGCUAUAGUACCAAGUGUGAAUCUGUAUAGUGUGAGCCUAUUCACGGAUAGGUGUGUAAGGCUCAUUUUAAAAACAGUUCAUGGUUUACUGACUCAGUGUUAAUGUAUUAUCCACUCUGACUUCCAGUUCCUUAUCUACUGCACUUGUACACGCUGAUCCUGUAUUGGCAUGAAAAGCACUAGCGUGUGCCUUACCAGCUUUACCUUUGAUAUAAGCUACCUUGGAACAGCUGUCCUUGUUCUCUCGUAUCCUGUUUCCCCAAAUCCUUCCUCUUUGAGGUCCAGUUCCAGUUUUCUUCCUUUUUAUAACUGACUGUAAUCACCCAGUCCCAAAUAAUCAUUGUAUCAGAGAGAGAAGACCUACUUCAAGCCCUGGGCAAACUGCAGCAUAAGGACAAUGUGUGUUUGCUUAAGGACAAGCCUUUAUUCCCUUUACAAACAUGCCAAUUUGCCAAAGACAAGCAAACGGCAAGUACUAGCUAUGGUCUGGACCGGGAGGAGGGCUCCCAGCCUUUAUUCAGCCUCACCCCACAUUUCCAAAGCUCUUGCUAAGCCUUACCAUCAGGCAUCUUUGGUGUUUCUUUGCUCUUGGGACAUUUUUCUCCAAAGGACGGGGCCUGUUUUUCUGCUAGGGGCUUUUAUCUUACCUCUGUAUGUCACCAGAGGGCAGCAGAGAGCACCACUCUAUAGCCUAACCUGUAGGUCUCAAAGUAGGGCAGUCAGUCCCAAUUCCCUCGUGCCUACGGAGACACACAUGGGGGACUUCUUUAACUAUGACAAAGCCUGGUGCUAUUACAGUUCUGGAGGGGCGCUAAACAUUUUGCAUUAUGUCGGAAAGUUCCAUGCAAGCAAGAAUAUUCUCACCCCCAAAUGUCAGUUAACUUCCUUCUAGUGCUAUUCUCCAUCCUCAAGUAAAACAUCCCUUUCUGCCCCACUGAUUUAGCACCUUCACCAUUUUGUGUAGUUGGUCAUCUCACCAAAGCUCCUUGAUAUCAAGAGAUGGCUUUUUUUAUCUUUGCUUUGCCACUUUUUUAGUUCACUUUUAAUUUUUAGUCAUUGAAUGAUUGUAGACAGGUCUUUAAUGGGGGAGGGACAAGGGGUAAUGGAUAGAAUUUAAAAGUAGAGGCAAUAGGUUACAGAGUUUAGAUAGAGCUAAAUUAGAUUAGAUGAGCCAAUCUCCCUGAACCUUAGUUUUCUCACAUAUAAAAUAGGACUAAUAUCUUCCCUAUUUUAAAGUACUUUGUAAAGCAUAAAGCUAAGUGCAGGAUUGUUUACAAAGAAUGUCUAAUGACCAGAUUUGUUCCCAAUCAUUAUUUCUGGAAUUUAGAUAUCCCAUACUGUAAAAGAACACACUUAUGUAAGGAAGAUAUUUUAGUACAAAAGGCAAUGCCAGCCUUGUGCCAUGUGUUCACUCUUGGAGCCCUAGCUUCUGGUGGCUUCAGCUCCUUCUGAACCACUUGGACUGAAUGUGGUGGAGAGACUGUGCUCUCAAAUGCAGAAGAUGCAGGCGCAAACUAAAAACAAAACGGCAGAUGUUCACUAUUCCUAUGUUUGGCUCUUCAGUUCUGUUGCUUGCACUAUGAAGCUAAAAUGGAAAUGCCAACUUGUAUCUAGCUAAAGAAGGGGGGAAAUUAAAACAGGUUCAGAAGAACAGAAGUUAGAUGGUUUACGUGGCCUCUCAGAAGCAGUAUGAAUUCUAUGUGGAUGAGUAAAGUAAUGCAGAAAUUUUCCUUUUCCUUUUGCAAUAUGGAAAUGCCUUUAUAAACGCAAGAUAGUAUUUUUAGUCUCACAAAGGUUAGGUUUGUGGUACCUUGCCAGAAUUUGUAUAUUAUGGAAUGGUGUAUUUCAGGGAUGCUAAAUAUUUUAUUAAUUGAGAAAUCCAUUUGCUUUUGAUUUAUUUCGGUGCACUCUCAUUAUUGAUCAGAGAAGAAUUCUUACAUCCUUUGUAGUCAUCCUUUUGACAGGGAUAAUACAUUAAAACUUCAUUAAGCUGUUAAGAUUUAUUAUAAAGAUUUAUUUUAUAGCAUAUAAAAUCUCUAAGCAAUUGCUCUUCUCCAGCUAACUAGAUAUUUUAUUAUACUUUGAUAAAAAUAUUAAAGACUUCAAAUCCGUUUAACUCAGAAUAUUUUUCAAAGUUUGCCAUAAUUAUGUGUAUCUUUAGGGUUUUCUUUUAUCACAAAGAUGACUAUAGAAUUUAUAGACAUGAGACUUCCAUAUUUUUUAAAGUUAAUAGAUGUGUGUUUAGUAUACAUUUUUAUUUAUAGUCUGUUUCAAGAAGGAUUUGAAGUCCCUAUCAUGAAGUAUAUAUACAAUACGGUUAAUAAAAGGGAAAUUAAACCCAAAACAGGAAAGAGAAUGCAAAUAUGCUAACCACAAAAGCUAAAAUAAAUUAGAUAUAGAUAUACAGAUUGAAUGAUAGACAGAUUUGAGUAUAAAGUUAACUUUGAGCUCCCCACCAGAAGGACAGAAAAAUGGAAAUUCAGUGGAUUACAUUGUUAUUAUUGAAAAUGUGGAUGCCUAAUAAUUCUUCAGGAACAGAAAGCUUUUCCCUGGUAUUAAGUUCUAAAACAAGUGUGUGAAUUCCUUGCAUAGGAGACAUCGUGCAAGAUAAUCAAUAUUGCUGUUCCUUAUAAUAAUUCUUGUUAAAAGCAAGGCCAUAACAUGAAAGUGAUAGAACUCGGUGACAGUGAUUCUGCUAAGAGGCACUAGGCUAAUGAUAUUUAGGUAACAUGUAGCUUUCUGAUGAUCUAUCUCACUUGAUACAAGGAUAAAUUUUAGUGCUACUUAAAAGAAUUCCUUAGAUGUUUCUUAAAAAUCACUUUCUCAGCUAGGCAUCUAAUGGGAACUAGACGGCAACAAUAACAACAAAAUUGAAUUAACAGUUCGCUGAAGUCUUUGAAUAUUGAAAUUUGAAUCUUGCAUAUUGACAUUGCUGUCCAUGCUAUCAAACCAUAUGCUUUGAAAAUAGGCAAAGUUAGAAUUAACAUUCUUAUAUGAAAGCAAAGAAUUUUGACCAGUAUUGUCACCUAGUAGACAGAUUAUUUCCCAUAUUAGUUCAAACUGUUGUAUAUAAACCGCAGUUUUAUUUAGAAAAAUUUAGCAUUAUUUUGUGUUUGUUUUGUGAUAAAGAGAGUUGCUGGUCACCUGGCUUAACUUCCAGAGGGUUUUACCCCUCUCAGCUUCAGAACCUCAGCAACUAUCCUGCAAUCUUCCAAAGGAAAAUGAUUUGGAAGAGCUUUUCCUUGGAAGAUGUGUCACCGGUACAUAUUUUUAAGAAUUUCCUACAAAGAGCUGUUCAAACUUAUUCUAAGCAAAAUAAACGUGUGUUUUUCUCUGUGGCGUUUAUCCCUGGAUCUGCAGAGUUGUUGAAAUUUCCCUUGUGAGAAUAGAAAGGCCCAUGGUAUUUGAAUAACAACAGUAAAAUAAGAAUAAGCAUUAGUAUUCUAUACUAAUAAGCUAUUAAUACUAAUAAACUAUUAGUAUUGCUUGCUGAAUAUCUUCUAUAUUACAUGUUCUAUGCUAAUCUUCUCAUAUAUUAUUUUAUUUAGCUUUCACAUGACAGACAUGACCUAUUAUUACCUCCAUUUUAAUGAGAAAAUUGAACCUCCCGUUUACCUGAACUUACAUAAUUAACAAGUGACAGAGUCAGGAUUUGAACCCAGAUCUCUUUACCAGCUGUUAACCACUACACACUGGUGCCUGUGGAAGAAAUAUGAAUCUUCAUGCAUUAGCCUUGAGGUCAUUAUCCUCUUUCUUUUUCAUGGUGUUUCUGACAAAAAUUGUCACUGGGUUACACUUUGAACUUCUCUUAGAUUGUGGCUUAAAUGAGUCAUUUUCCUUUAUAAAAGACCAUUUUUCUCAAAAAAAAAAAACAUCCUUAGAAGAGCUUAUAUUUUUAUAGCAGAAUAAUUGUACCUUAACUUCUAUUCUUAGGUCAUUUUCUAAUAAUGAGAUUUGAAUAUCUUAUUGGGAAACAAAACCAGAGUUAUCCUCCAGUCAUUAUUGAGAUUUGAAAAGAGCAUGAGGGAGGGGCAGAGAGAGAGAGAGAGAGAGAGUGGGGAAGAGAGAAUCCCAAGCAUGUUCCACACUGUCAGCAUGGAGCCCAAUGCAGGGCUCAAACUUACACACCAUGAGAUCAUGACCUGAGCUGAAAUCAAGAGUCAGACAACUAAACAACUGAGCCACCCAGGCACCCUGAGGUUCAUUUGGCUCUUAAAAGUGCUUACUUACCUUGAUGAUGGCUUUGUAGUCCUCUACACUUGGCAUGCCCACACACUGAAAUAAAAAGUCACUUUUGAUGAUGGGACUUGGCUUGAUAUCUCUAGAGUUGCAGUGUCCCAUACAGUAGGUACCAGCCAGUCACAUGUGACUAUUUAAUUAAAGUUUAAAUUAACUGAAAUAUAAUUUAAAAUUCAACUCCUCAGUCACAUUAGUCACAUCUUAAAUGCCGAACAGCCACAUGUGGCUACUGUAUUCGUGCAAAUUAUAGAACGUUUCCAUCAUCACAGGAAGUUCUUAGGCAGUGCUGCUCUAGAAUGGACAUUUUCAUGGCUCCCUCUCCCUGCCUUCCUUCUGUUCCAAAAACAACAAUAACUUCCUCCAAGAAUGGCCUCUAUAGUUUCUGUGAUUUGAGGAGAUAACUUAUCUUCCAGAUGAUUUCCCAUGAUACUCGACAUGGAGAAAUUGUUGGCUCAGUUGAUAUUUCUGUGGUACAGGGAAGCGCUAACCUAGAUCAAAUUCAUCUACUAAAAUGCCAAGUUCAUAGAGACAGCUAGUUUUUAUUUUCCAGAUCACAUACUGAGCCAACUUCUUAGGUGGCUGUGUUUAGAACAAUUUAUAGACUGUUUUCUUCUGAAUUGCACCAGAGACUACCCUGAUCCCUGGUAGACUUGUUGAGUAAUGAUGUUGUUGUCAAACCUUACAGCAAAUGUGUUAGCUUCUAGAGCAGAAUUGGCCAUCUUGUUGACAUGUUCCACAAAGAGAUUGCCUCCUUCUAUUAGUCUGGGUUAUUUUGGAAGAAAAACAAUUUUUUAUAAAUCUGAUUCUUUUAGUGUAUCCUGGUUGGUUUUGAUUGCUGUUAAAAGAGCCAGAGAUGUAUAUUCUUCAUCCUUUCCACUCAUGCAUUCUAAAAUAAUCCUAGUAUCCGUACAUAUUGAUAUAAGCCAAUGUGUUGCACUCAGGCCUACUAGGAAUGUACCAGUACUGCAUUUGUCUUGAGCACACCUGUAAACAGGGGUAAACUUCUUUGGUCUAUGUUUUCCAUAGUCCUAUUCCACAAUAACCUCCUUUAGAGAAAUUUGUUAAGUAUGUUGUCUGCCAGUGAUAGUCAAUUGCUGGAGUAUACAGAACAGUGCCCUGAACAUCUUUGCUGUGUAUAAAAUAGUCCUGGAAAGUUUUGUUUCAUUUUGUUUUUCCAAAUGAGCUAAGCAGUGUGUAAUACUAGUGUCAGGCUUGAAGCCUCCAUAGGCACGCAGAAACAGGCAACUACUCUCCUUCUCUCAGCUGUACAAAUAGUCUGAUUAAGAGAUAGAGUAAGAUCUCUGUUCAGAAUGUUCUUGGCCACUGGACAUCUCAUAACCAAGGCUUCGUAUUAACCACUAUUGUUCAAGUUUCAAGGGCUUCCCAAGUUAAAAAAAAACUUGUGAUCAGUGUUAGUAAAGUAUUGGUAAUCGUGAAGUGAAAUGAUGGGGUCUAGGGAAUUAUGUUAAUUUCCACUUUUGUGUAACUUCUAACAAUUUUAAAAUAAAGAGUAAAGAAAUGUUAUGACUUCUUUAUUUUGCUGUUGUGUUUUAUGAGUUCCUUAUAUUUUGGAAAUUAAUCUUUUAUCAGAUACGUGUUGUGCAAAUGUUUCUCCUAGUCUGUAGGUUGCCUUUUUCAUUCUGUUGAUUAAAGCUUUUUAGUUCGAUGUAGUCCCACUUGUCUAUUUUUGCUUUUGUUGCCUGUUCUUUUGAUGUUAUUUCAAGAAAUUAUUGCCAAAACCAGUGUCAAGAAUGGGCAAAGGACUUGAAUAGACAUUUCUUCAAAGAAGACACACAUACAGAUGACCAAUAGGUAUAUGAAAAGGUGCACAGUAUCAUUAAUUAUCAGAGAAAUGCAAAGCAAAAUUACAGUGAGAUAUCACCUCACAUCUCAUAGGAUAGCUAUUAUUUAGAAAAAGCACGUGUUGGCAAGGUUUGGAGAAAUUAAAACCCUUGUACGCUGUUGGUGGGUAUGUAAAAUGGUGUAGUGGCUAUGGAAAACAGUAUGGAGAUUCCUCAUAAAAUUAAAAAUAGAACUAUCAUAUGAUUCAGCAAUCUCACGUCUGGAUAUAUGUCCAAAAUAACUGAAGUCAAGAUCUCCAAGAGAUAUCUGCAGUCCCAUGUUCAUUGUAGCACUAUUCACAAUAGGUAACAUAUGAUAACAAUCCAAGUGUCCAUAGGCAGAUGAAUGGAUAAAGAAAAUGUGGUGUAUACAUACAGGAAUAUUAAAAAAAAAAAACUUAAAAAAAAGAAAUUCUGCCACUUGAAACAACAUGGAUGAGCCUGAAGGACAUUAUGCCAUGUAAAAUAAGCCAGUCACAAAAAGACAAAUACUGUAUGAUUCCACUUAAAUGAGAUAUCUAAAAUAGUCAAACUCCUAGAAGGAGAGAAUACGAUAGUGGUUGUCAGGGAUGGGGGGUGGGGGUGGGUGGAGAGGGAAAUACGAAUUGUUAUUCGAUGGAUAUAACGUUUCAGUUAUGCUAGAUGAGUAAGUUCUUAGAGAUCUGCUCUAUAACAUAGUGCCUAUAGUUAACAAUGCAGUAUUAUAUUGUACACUUCAAAAUUUGCUAAGAGGGUAGGUCUCAUGUUAAGUAUUCUUACCAUAAAGACAAACCAAAAAACCUCCAAAGGAACACAAGGAAACCCUGUGAUAUGUCUACUGUUUGACUGUGGUAAUGAUAUCAUGGGUGUUUGCAUAAUUCUAAGCUCACCAAAUUGUACACAUUGAGUAUGUGCAGUUCUUUGUAUAUCAAUUAUACCUCAGUAAAGCUGGUAAGAUUUUUUUAAUUAAACAAUUUUUUAAAUGUCAUGGGCUCCUAGGAGAAUUUAAUAUAGCUGAUUUUGCUGUUAAUAAUAAGGUAUCUUAUUAAAACCAAAAUUUGCUCUAAGAAUCAUGAAGAGCUCUUUUGGAGCUGUAUCUUAAUGAGGAAAUAUUUACCUACCUUAUUUAAAUGUAGCAGGCAAUCACUCUUCCACACCCACUUUUGAUACAUUACAAAGAUGAUAUUGUUCUAAAAAUUAAUUACAGUUACAUAAUAUUGCCUUAUAUAUUUCUGUAUCUUAAUCCUUAGGUUAUUCCCAUUAUCAUUUCCUUACUAUUUUGCUUUUACAAGCCUUGAUGUGCAGGGUAUACAUUUCUUACUGGUCACUAGUUUUAGAAACUGUUUCCCUGACUCUAAUUUGUUCUUAUCCCAUCAGAUCAGGCACAUUGCCCAACAGCAAGAAAGGAAUUAAAGAAAAUAGCUCUAAUAAAUAAAAGAUUGUGAUUUCUUCUAUAUGGAUUUUUAGUAGCACUGAUUCCACUGAAAUUCUAUUUUGAUUCCUUCAUUCAAUAGCAAUAAUAAUGUUUUCAUGACUAUCACAGCUACACACACACACACACACACACACGCACACACACGCACACCAGCGCCCUCCUCCCCCCCCUCCACACCCCCACCCUGAGCUGCCAGUCUGUCUUAUGGCAGUGGCAGACGCCUGAUUGGCGGGCUCUGUUUAUUCUGUGACCAGAUUCCUUCUAAAAGAAGGCAGGCCAUGAGUGCCUGAAGCCUAUUGGUUGGGUCUGCUCUGGACCCUCCCUUUCUUUUUCAUGGCACACACCACAGCGAAGUCUGUGCGGAAUCCUAAACCAGCCCGAUUUACAUCCAUUCAUGAAUCCGUGACGUCAGCAAGCCUUUGGGCUUCUUUGCGGUGGGCUGGAGGAUUGUGUGGGUGGAAUCCCCCUCCCCCUUAUUUUUCUAAUUCUGCAAGGCUUUUUAAAUUAACCUUCCAUCUUUCUAAAGCAAGAAAAUGGACCGGCAUGUGUAGGAAUUCUUCAUUGUUGUUUUGGAGCCCUCUCUUGCAUCAGAACUCUGUCCUCCUAAUCCUCUGAGUGUCAUCUCAGGAUCCUGGGCACACUCAUGGCACGAUGGCCAACCCUCAGGAGCACCUGAGCUGCUCCUCUUCCCCACACUUACCCUUGAGUGAAAACAGAACCUUCAAUGGACUACAAGAUGAGCUCACACCUACGGGGAGCCACCCUUCACCCAAGCUCCUUAAGGACCCGCAGGAAAAGGGGGGAGUACAUGCAGAGCUAACAGAGAACAUGAACAGCCCCAUCACCACAACAGUGUUGACGAGUGUGAGCGAAGAUUCCAGGGACCAGUUUGAGAACAGCGUUCUUCAGCUAAGGGAACAAGAUGAAUCGGAAAUGGCCGUGUCUCAGAGGAACAGCAACACCACGGACAGAGAGAGCACAAGUGGAACCGAAGACAUCAAGAUUCAGUUCAGCAGGUCGGGUAGCGGCAGUGGUGGGUUUCUGGAAGGACUAUUUGGAUGCUUGAGGCCUGUAUGGAAUAUCAUUGGCAAGGCAUAUUCCACUGAUUACAAAUUGCAGCAGCAAGAUACUUGGGAAGUGCCAUUUGAGGAGAUCUCAGAGCUGCAGUGGCUGGGUAGUGGAGCCCAAGGAGCUGUCUUCUUGGGCAAGUUCCGAGCGGAGGAGGUGGCCAUCAAGAAAGUGAGAGAACAGAAUGAGACGGAUAUCAAGCAUUUGAGGAAGUUGAAGCACCCUAACAUCAUCGCUUUCAAGGGUGUUUGUACUCAGGCCCCAUGUUACUGCAUCAUCAUGGAAUACUGUGCCCACGGACAACUCUAUGAGGUUUUGCGAGCUGGCAGGAAGAUCACACCCCGAUUGCUAGUGGACUGGUCUACAGGAAUUGCAAGUGGAAUGAAUUAUUUGCACCUCCAUAAAAUUAUUCACCGUGAUCUCAAAUCACCUAAUGUUUUGGUGACUCACACAGAUGCAGUAAAAAUUUCAGAUUUUGGUACAUCUAAGGAACUCAGUGACAAAAGUACCAAGAUGUCCUUUGCCGGCACAGUCGCGUGGAUGGCACCAGAGGUGAUACGCAAUGAACCUGUCUCUGAAAAAGUUGAUAUAUGGUCUUUUGGAGUGGUGCUUUGGGAGCUGCUGACGGGAGAGAUCCCUUACAAAGAUGUGGACUCUUCAGCCAUCAUUUGGGGUGUUGGAAGCAAUAGCCUACACCUUCCAGUUCCUUCCACUUGCCCUGAUGGAUUCAAAAUCCUUAUGAAACAGACAUGGCAGAGUAAACCUCGCAACCGGCCUUCUUUCCGGCAGACGCUCAUGCAUUUAGACAUCGCUUCUGCUGAUGUUCUUGCCACCCCACAAGAAACCUACUUCAAGUCUCAGGCUGAAUGGAGAGAAGAGGUGAAAAAACACUUUGAGAAGAUCAAAAGUGAGGGAACCUGUAUACACCGAUUAGAUGAAGAACUGAUUCGGAGGCGCAGAGAAGAGCUCAGGCAUGCUUUGGAUAUUCGUGAACACUAUGAGAGAAAACUUGAGCGGGCUAAUAAUUUAUACAUGGAACUGAGUGCCAUCAUGCUGCAGCUGGAAAUGCGGGAGAAGGAGCUCAUUAAGCGUGAGCAGGCAGUAGAAAAGAAGUACCCUGGAACUUACAAACGACACCCCGUCCGUCCAAUAAUCCACCCCAACGCCAUGGAGAAACUCAUGAAGAGGAAAGGUGCGCCUCAUAAAUCAGGGAUGCAGACCAAACGGCCAGAUCUGUUGAGAUCUGAAGGUAUCCCCAGUAUGGAGGUGGCUCCCGCCGCAUCCCCUUUGUCUGGAAGUCCCAAAAUGUCCACCUCAAGCAGCAAGAGCCGAUAUCGGAGCAAACCACGCCACCGCCGAGGGAAUAGCAGAGGCAGCCAUAGUGACUUUGCAGCGAUCUUGAAAAACCAGCCGGUGCAAGAAAAUUCACCCCAUCCCACUUAUGUACACCAAGCUCAAUCCCAGCACCCUUCUUCCCAUCACCAUAAUCCUCUGCAGCAGCAAUACCAGCAAUGCCCUCCUGCCGUGCCUCAGAGUCACCAUCCCAGACUCAACAUGCACGGACAGGACAUUGCAACCUGCGCCAACAACCUGAGGUAUUUUGGCCCAGCAGCAGCCCUGCGGAGCCCACUCAGCAACCAUGCUCAAAGACAGAUGCCUGGCUCCAGCCCUGACCUCAUCUCCACAGCCAUGGCUGCAGAUUGCUGGAGAAGUUCUGAGCCUGACGAGGGCCCAGCUGGCCCCUGGGGCUGUUGUCAGGCUGACCCUUAUGACCCCUGCCUCCAGUGCAGGCCAGAACAGUGUGGUUCCUUAGACAUACCCUCUGCUGAGCCAGUGGGGAGGAGACCCGACCUUUUCAAGUCACCAGCACACAAUCCCCUCUCGGAAAAUGCCCAGGGUUCUGAGAAAAUGGAAGAAAGUGAAUUCAAAGGCUGUAGGUCUGCAUCAUCCCUUGGCAUCUCUCAUCACAUCACCCCCCCAGUGCUACCUCGAAAUACAAGGCCCCUGCAAAAGAGUGGAGAUGACUCCUCAGAAGAAGAAGAAGGGGAAGUAGAUAGUGAAGUUGAAUUUCCACGAAGACAGAGGCCCCAUCGCUGUAUCAGCAGCUGCCAGUCGUAUUCAACCUUUAGCUCUGAGAAUUUCUCUGUGUCUGAUGGAGAGGAGGGAAAUACCAGCGACCACUCCAACAGUCCUGAUGAGUUAGUGGAUAAACUGGAAGACCGCCUGGCCGAGAAGCUAGAUGACCUGCUGUCCCAGACGCCAGAGAUCCCCAUUGAGAUAUCCUCGCAUUCAGAUGGGCUCUCUGACAAGGAGUGCGCCGUGCGCCGCGUGAAGACGCAGAUGUCUCUGGGCAAGCUGUGUGCGGAGGAACGUGGCUACGAGAAUCCUAUGCAGUUUGAAGAAUCGGACUGUGACUCUUCAGAUGGAGAGUGUUCUGAUGCCACAGUCAGGACCAAUAAACACUACAACUCUGCUACUUGGUAAUGAAAGAAAACCCAUCCUGAAGAUAUCAUGACUAUACUGGCAUUUCAGAUCCUUCCCACCCCCAGACUCUUCCCACUCUCUCCCUGCUUUUUCGUCUGGGAAGAGAGCUGCCCCCUCUUUCUUACCCCUAGAAAUGAGCUGCAAUAACAGGAACAUGAGACUUCGCAAAUCUCUUGGAAAAAAAUAUCCAAAUGAAAUUAAGUCUCACUGAACAUUUCAAUCAAGAAUGGCAGGGAUCUAUUUUAUUGAAUAUUCUAGCUACUGUAACAUUGAUAUUUAUUUUUGUUUGACAUUUUAACACUUUGUACUGUAAAGAGUGAACUAUAUAUAAUAUAGAGAGAGACACAAUAAUUUCUUGCAAAAAGAGAGAGAGAGAAAGAGAGAGAGAGAGAUAAAGGAAGAAAGAAAAGAAAGAAAGAAGUGGAAUUUAGGAGCAACAUCGUUGGGAAUUUGUGGGGCCAGGAGAUAUUAUUGCUACUUGAACAGGGGACCAGUUCUUUUGGCCAUAAGAGACGAAGAAGAGCCAGAGCAAGACAUACUGAUUAUUUUAGAAAACAAAGAAAAGCAAUUCCAGGUAACUUGUGAACAGACCACAUUAAGUUCAACCAGCUUGCCCACAUGGGUGAUGGAAAUGAUCUAGAAGAGACUGAUGACCAGAUACUUGCACCCAAGGUCCUUGAGGGCAUGUGCUUCCUCUAGGAGGAAAAAAGACAACUACACAUCUGGAAGCUGAUUUCAUUUCAAGAACUUGAAGCAGCAUUUGGUAGUGAGACUUACAGAUAGCAUCAAGCCUUGUCUUUGACAAAUGCUUCCCUUUUUAAUGCUGUCAUUGUCAUUACCUUGACAAAUGUGUUACCUUGACCAAUGUGUUGAUUUUUCAGACUCAAGUGCCAUUUUCUUAUAGCCUAUUUCCUUUCCACCUGUUGACCACUUCCUUUAGGGAAAAAGGCAGGGGGUGCCAAAAAGAGAAAAAGGAAAUUUACAACAGUAUUAGAAAAGCAAAUGUGGAAUUUGUGAAAGUGCAUUCUCACAAUGUCUCAGUUCAGCUACAUGAAGAAGAUCAGAUCACCCCUCUGUGGAACCAGGUUACUUGUCUACUAGAGUCAUAUUGAUUCAAACAGAACAGACUUUGAAGGCAGCUAGCGUGUGUGUGAGUCUGUCCAAAGUCCAAUCCCGAACCACCCCCUUGUUUUUAUUCAUUAACUCAUUCUAUCUGGGAAGCUUUAGUGCCUGGCUACCACUAUCAGGAUAAAGGCAGCAUAAGCAACUUGUAAAAGUCAACCCCUCCCACAUUACAAUAGCAUUUUUGUUAAACGCAACUGGUAAAGUGUAUUUUACUGCACUUUGGAUCAAUGCAGUUGGAAAUAAUUGAAUCUGGAAAUUUAUAGAAAGAACAACUGAUGCUGAGCAGCAAUUGGAGAGAUUUUACAUUGUCCAAGACCUGAGGUCCUGGCUUGUCUCUGGGGUCACGGUCUUUGAAAAGCAUCCCAAGGAAUUUCAUCAUGCCUCAGCUUCAAGGAAAUUUUUAUCUAGAAUUUUAUAUAAAAACGGGUGUUGGCCUAGUUUCCAUCUCUGUCUCCAAGAUAGGUUACUGUCAAACAACCUCUCUAGGCUCAAGACCUGAAGAACAUGGCUUGACUCUUUGACACUGCAUCACGUUGGACAUUAGGAAAGACUUACACAUUACAGGUAUUAAAACUAUUUCCAACAAAGAUGAAAACGUUGCCCUCCGCUGGGGGUCGCCGAUUGCAUCAGCCAAAAAGGAAAGGUGGAGGGAAUUUAGAGCACUUCCUUUGCUUGUCUGAUCCCUCCAUGUGUUUACACUUUAUGUUGAGUCGUUGAUUUAAAAUUUAGUGUCUAUAAAAUUUAUAGCUCUUAGGUAAGAUGAAGGAAAAUGUUUAACUUAUACAGAGAGCAGUAUUGUUUGCAUUAAAUUAUUCCAUUUUGUAUAAAUUCUGUAGCUGGACUACAUGAAAGAUCUUAAGUUAUGGCAUUAUUAUCACUGUUAUUUUGUUUUAUAAUAAUUAUCAUUCUCAUUUUCUGUCGAUCAGAAGGUGUGGCUUUACAGUGUAGCACAAUGAUUGUGUUUAUUGCUAACCAUGAAUAAUUAUGGGUUUUUAUGAUUUUUAUGAAGGAAUGAAAAUGGAACUGCCAUUUGGGAGCUCCCUGGUAUUCAUCUUAGUUGUAUUCCCCCAUUUUCUGUGUGCAACAACAAUCAUCUGAGGAUGCGGGUUCUGCCCUGGAGGCCAGUGGAUGCACUGUGGCUUUGACUUGAUCCUGAAACCCCCCGGGUGGGCAGAUGACUGAGUGAAUGGACAAAUACUUCAGAAGCUGUAAACUUUCUCAAGUUUCUUAAGAAAUAAAAUCAUGGGACUACAUUAGAGGCAAAAAGAGAAUUAUUUAGUCCCCUGGGAGGAGCCGACCUAGGGAGUUGCUGCCCGGGGCCCAUGGGUUAGGCAGAUUCAAGAGCGGGCAGCACAGUUUGUCAUCUCCUUCUUUCCAGGUCCCAUAGUACCAACUUUUUAUUUCUCCUGGCUGGGAGUAGCAGGGAAACAUAAAAAGAAACAAGCAAACAAAAAGAAUAUGUAUACCAUGACAUUGACAUAAAAUGCCUAGCUAUGAUGUCAUCCCGUAAUAAGACUAGAGGCAUUCUAGAAGGAGGCCUACUCACUUAGAGGGUGAUUGGGCCGGAAAAGUACCUUAAAAGGCCAUAUUUUCCAUCCUUGGACUUCAGACCACACUCAACUGUGAAUCUCUCUGGUUCAUUUCUUCUGGGAACUGAGAGUUCAUCUCUUGAGACUUCAGACCACACUAAACUAUGAAUCUCUCUGGUUCAUUUUUUCUGGGAACAAGUCUAUGUCCCCUUUCUCUCCACCAUAAAACACACUUUAGCUCGUCCAGUUCUUGCCCACCUAUAGUGGCAAAAGGAAACAGGAGGGUCGGCUUCUGUCUUACAUCUUUCAGUGAUGGUCUUCCUCGAAAACCCACACCUGAUACCUCAUAACUUUGAUGUUUUUUGAAUUCCCAAAUAUGAUAAUGCCAUAUACCUAUCUGGGUUAACUGUUAUAAGCAUGUUAGGGUAGUAGACAGUGUUGAAUCAUGAGUCAUUCACUGUAUUGUUGAGAGUUGAAUAAAGCUCCACAUUGAACCCUUUUAUUUAUUUAUUUAUUUAUUUAUUUUUAGUAGAAGUGACGAGAGGCUUCAGAAAAGUCUAGGUUAAAAAUAGUCUAGGUUAAAAAGAGAAAUGCCUUCUCUAUCCCAGCCUUGCCCUUCACUGCCUGCCUUGAGCUAACCAGGACAAUUUUGAAUCCGUGUGUGUUUCUUGGAGAACAGCUCCACAUCCUCUGAGGAGUGCUGAAUCUAAGAGCUCAGGAAAUUGAAGAGCUGAUCCUUCAGUCCUGAGGACUGUGCCACAAUGCUUUAAGGAACCUCACAAGACUGUGAUUUCAAACUUCAUUGUUGAUGGAAAGCUUAACCCCCUUGGGAUCAGUGUCCACAUUCAUUUAGCGUCUGUUUUUGACUGACUACAAGAUAACGAGUUUUAAUCUGUAUUGCAGAUGAACAUUGGUUCUGAUUUUCAUCUAUUUCUAGAUCAUGUCCUCUGGUAACAAUUCCUAUUAAAAUUGCUUUGCAGAGGGAC